AAAAAUCGCGCUUGUAGUUUAUAGCGUCAGCUUUUUAUUUUUUUCAGCGUCCUCGAUGGAGCAAGUUUAGUAAGCAGAUGAAAAGCCGCGCGGUCCACAUCAAAGGGCGAUAUUUUCCUUCCUCCUCGCGCACAUUCUUUGGACAACUGCAGUCCUCGGCUCGUGCAGCUGCUGCUCGUCUCCCGUCUGCAAUAAUGGGGAGUUUCUACAAUGAAACCCAUCUCGGGGCGCCGAGUCUUUGUGCUCUGCCAUAGUUGAGCCACGGCGCGAGGAGACGGUGUGUUAUUGACAAAAAUGGGACGUGAAUGGUGAGCGCGAGAGCUCGUGUCAAUGCCGCGCGCAGAUUGAUAGAUAACCGAGCGACUGAAGCCACGAUGCGCGAGUAUAAAGUGGUGGUCCUGGGCAGCGGUGGGGUCGGGAAAUCAGCCCUCACCGUGCAGUUCGUCACCGGGACGUUCAUCGAGAAGUACGACCCCACCAUAGAGGACUUCUACCGCAAGGAGAUCGAGGUGGACUCGUCGCCCUCGGUCCUGGAGAUCCUGGACACCGCCGGCACCGAGCAGUUCGCCUCCAUGCGGGACCUGUACAUCAAAAACGGCCAAGGGUUCAUCCUGGUCUACAGCCUGGUGAACCAGCAGAGCUUCCAGGACAUCAAGCCCAUGAGGGACCAGAUCAUAAGAGUAAAAAGGUACGAGAAGGUUCCUGUGAUCCUGGUGGGGAACAAGGUCGACCUGGAGAGCGAGAGGGAGGUGUCGUCCGGCGAAGGUCAGGCCCUGGCCGAGGAGUGGGGCUGCCCUUUCAUGGAGACUUCAGCCAAGAGCAAAACCAUGGUAGACGAACUGUUUGCUGAGAUCGUUAGGCAGAUGGACUACGCCGCCCAGCCAGACAAGGAUGACCCCUGCUGCUCCUCGUGCAAUAUACAAUAGCCCCCCGGGGGCUCGGAGAACAGGCCCAGCGAAAAGUCUACAGGGAGGACGCUCUUUGGAGAUGCAGCAGACAGAUGCACAUUUAGAUAAACACAUGCCAGUUAAACUUAGAAUGAAUUCAUGGUUGAGCGCAGCGUAAAAUAACUCAGUGGAGCAGAAAGGCCUCGGUGACAUGAUAAUUAAUGACAAGUGAGUAAUGAAUGAGGAAAACCAAGAAUUUGCCGCAAGAGAAAUUGACAAAUGACACAAAGGAUAAUGCCCUCGCCUUAUGUUGUUAUUAUUAUUAUUAUUAUUUUAGGUCUUUUCAGUUGUAUGGAAGAGCAAUCAUCAAAGAAUCACGAAUUGGUAUCUUUGCGAUUUGUUAAUCUGCAGUUUAGGAGCAACAGAUCUCCUCCUCUGGGUUUCAUUUCACAAUAAACCCCAAGAUGCAUUUCUUGGUGACGAUGAGUUCAUCGCAGGCGGCCGCCACACACGAAUCCAAUAAAACCUUUCUGAGAACCAGUCAUUUCAAACAAGUGUAGGGGUAACUGUGUCACCGUAUGUGAGCUUUUCCUCCCAGUUGAGUUUGUUUCACGAUCGCUAGAAGGUUUUUAUACUCAUUA